AUGGAACUAGCUGGAAGUCCUAAGGUGAUCACUGUGUACCUUGUUGUACAAACCUUAACUCUAUUACAGACAUGCUACUCUCAGUGCUUCGACCCAACAUCUUUGAUCAUUUACAAUUAUGAAAAUUCUGUACCCGAUUUCAACCUUUUGACAAAUGCUGAAAUGGGAAUGUGUAAGAUGGUCUGUAACAAAUUUGAGCUGUGUCUCUCUGUGGAUUGGAUACGUGAAAAAAAGACUUGCCGGCUAAACACAAGAUUUGCCAUCAAAAAUGGCACUAGCCUAAUGACCGAGGGCCGCAUCAUUCAUGUUGACCGUGAAAAUUUUCCAAAGCACCUGGCGGCCGAUUGUCCCAUGCAUAUCUGCACCGAGGAUGCAAUCUGCCUUCGGGGUAACUGUGUGCCUGUUUUAAAAGAAAAGGUAUAUAAAGACUGUUCAGAUAUUGUGAAAAGAGACCCAAGCAAGAAAGGACAAAAUGGGGUAUAUGUUAUUUAUCCAGACACCGGCCGGAGAGAGGUUUUCUGUGACAUGACGACAGAUGGAGGCGGGUGGACGAUCAUUCAGAAACGCCUGGAUGGUGGCCUUGAUUUUUAUCGGACAUGGAUAGAGUAUAAAAAUGGAUUUGGGAAUGCCUCUAAAAAUUAUUGGAUAGGAAACGAUGUGAUUCAUGCUUUAACUAAAAAUGGGAACCAGACACUACGGAUUGAGCUUCAGCGUUUUAAUAGAGAGAAGUCUUUUGCUCAAUAUUCCACGUUUUCCCUCGGAAGUGAGGACACUUUCUUUAAACUAAAUGUGUCCGGAUAUUCCGGAACAGCGGGUAACUAA